AUAUUUUAUAUAUGCAUGCGCAUCAAAAGAGGAUCUGGAACAUUUCGAUGAGCUUAUUAAUAUUUAUUAUAACAGUUUUUCCGGUUACGUGAAGUUGUUGGGAAGCAAUCCGGAAAAGAUAUUUCCUUUUGAUCAGUUUAUUAAAGAUUUCAAAUUAUUUGGAAAGUAUGGUAUACUCAUCACGUUGUUGGCUAUUAAGGUUGCUCUUUGUAAUAAAGAGGAAGCACCUGAUUUUGCUGAAACCAUAAAUACGGGCUUUGAAAACACAUUUUCUUUUAAAAAUAAAAAUCAGGAGUUGCUGAAAAGUAGAAUGUUGUAUAUUAUAAAUCACGUUGCUACACAAGAUAUCUUAUAAAAUAGUGAAUUGUACGUCCUACUUAUGACUAAACUGUUUUAUUUAAAAAUCUUAUUUCUAAAGCUCGCAAAAUUAAUCUCGCUAAGAAAAUAAAAUUCUAACGAUAUGUAGCAUCAGUUUUGAUAAGAUUUUUAUAAUAUACAUGCCGAGUGUUCCAGUUUACUUAACCUGUGAUAUUUCAAUUAUUUGAAAAAGUAUUUAGUUUUUUCAGGUGUAAAACAAAAAUAAGUUCAGUUUUUUUUAAUGAAAUUCUGGAUAAAAAUUUUGAGCGUUAGCUAAGGCAGUAAUGGAGUCCAUCGGACGACCACAUUUUUUUUAAAUUCGAAAAGAAAUCAAUUAAUAUACUAACUAACGUUGUUCGCUAGUGUAACUUUACGUAAAAUUUGGUAAAAGAUUCGAUUGGAUUGUCCGGAAAAGCAAAAUAAAUGAAAUAAUUUCAUGAUUCUCAAAAAUAGAUGCUUCAUGGCUUACAUAAAAAUGUGUUUGGAAAACAAAGCGCAAAAAUGCUUUAAACAAAUAUGAUUUUACAAAAGCAAAUAAAAUAUCAAAAGUAACAAGUAUUGAACUUUGAUUAUUAAUUAAUUUCAUAAUAAAAAAUAUAUUUUUUAAUUAUUAAGCUUUCUAUCAAUGAGGUUAAUGAAGUGAUGCAUACAUACAACUGAUUUGUCUUUAUUUAUAAAUUAAAAUUCCAUAUUAAAGUUAUUCUAGGUUUCCCCGUUUAAUUUCCAUAAAAAAAUUGUACUAUAAAAAAUACAUUCCAAAUUAGGUAACGAAUUUCUUUACAAUUUUGUUAAAAUAAUGUGUAAACAUUAACUUUAUUUAGUUUAUUUAUCCUCCCUAGAAAAUUGUUAACAUCAGCAGCAUAAUUAUAGUUUUACGUUAUUUAGGUGUCAAAAAAGUUAUUCCAUUUGACAAUAUUCGACAUACUUAUUAGAGAUAAUGCUAAAAUAGUUUGCUAAUGUUUUCUUUAGUUUUUUCAAAACAGCUCCUUUUUUUAUAAGUACAUGUUUUUACAACAUUUUAUAUAAAAACAGGACUCUGACAUUGACCAAGUAAUGCAAAUGAUUAAACAAAGAACUACUUCCAACUUCGAAUUAGGUAUCUAUUAGUAUUGAUUUUUUAUUAUGCAUGAUGAUGAGGCUAUUAUUGUCUAUAUAUUGCCUUCAUGAUUUAACAUUCGUUUUUCUAGUAAUGUAUUGUAAGAAAAAAUAAAACAAAUACUGCAGGAGGCAAGAGGAUAUAAUUUGAAUUUUCUGAAAAUGAUGUAUGCAACCCAAAAUUUACAGCUGUUAUGAAGAAUAAUCAACAACACAUCACUGAAAAGUAGUCAUAUGAAAAAAAUUAAUUUACUGAAACAUACAUUUGCAAACUUAAGUUGCUCUGUAAUAAAUAGAAGUAAUUGGUUCUUUUUAUCUUUUAUCUAUGGCUCUAUUCUUUGUUUUUCACUUGUACACAACCCAAAAAGUUCACAUUUUAACAUCUUAAAUGAUAUAAAUCUUUUUGUUUACAAAUAUUACGGUUAAUUUUACUAUAAUUUAUACAUAUAUAUAUAUUUGUGACAAUGAAUAACAUCGAAUAAAUUGGGGGUUAAUUUAUGUAAAUUAAUUAUAUAGGCGUGUUUAAAAAAGAACUCUUUCUUAUAAAAUGAAUAAUUAUGGAGUGUGCAUGAUAUAAAAUGGCAUUUUUCUUUUUGAAAUUACAGUUUACAUAAUCCAGUUUGUUCGAACUUUCAAAAUUGGUUCAUUAAUUUGUUGUAAUUUUCCUAUUUAUAUAUCUUUUUACUUAAAAAAAUAUUUCAGCCUAGGAUCGAAAAAAGCUGACAACAUAAAUUUGUAAGUUAGAAUAACAUUCAUUACCUGUGGAUUUACGAAUAUGGUAGAAGUAAAAUUUUCUGAAAAUUCCAAAUUUGAAAACGGUCUUAUUUGGUAUAUAUUUCAAAAACUGUGUGAACAAUGUAGUAACAAGAUCAGAAUUACAACGACAAAAAAGUUACUAGACCCUAUAACACAUUUUUAAAUGGAAUUAUCCGAAACAGACAAACACAAAAGACGUAUUACGGAACAUGAAUCACAAAGGACACACCAAUACAAAAACAUAGUUACCUACUCACCUACACGUUAACGCGCAUAGUUAGGUCAACAACCCCUAGAUGUCAUGGCACGCUGGUAUUGACGCAUGCAAUGCUCCCACCUUUCUAUGACUAUCGCCAAUGGGUGACCAUUUGCAUACUUACUUGGCGUCGGGGUUACCGUGAUCAAGAAGGCGGUUCCUCCAGGACGAGACCCUUCCAUUGCACUGAGGUAGGGACAAAUCCUGCGAUUAUCCCUAAAGUGGAUAAAUCGGGCGCGCAAUUUUUGGUAGUCGGGACUGCGUACGCGCUAUCCCGGUCUAAUGGAACCAGCAAUCGAAUAACGACAUGCAGAAUCGAGCAUUCGAGCUAACAUCAGGCAUUAAUUUAAAAUGGGGUCUUAAGGUCAUGUUAUCAAAAAGUUUUAGAGUUUCGAGCAGCUGGAUUUAAUGAGUAAUAGGAAAGGACAAUGCUCACAGUUGUUUUGUUUUAAAAGUUGAAUGGACGUAGUAUACCCAAUUACCCAAAUAAAAUUCUAAAGUCAAGUAAGCUAAUUGUGUGAGAUGACACGUUACGCGUAAGUGUUACAGUAAUAUUUUAUCUUAUGUAAUUCUUAUCUUAAUGGUUUUUGUGUGAUAAUCGUAUUGUUUUUAUUGUAAGAUUCUAUAGUAUAGAUCUAUUUUUCUUGACAUUCUCGGAAUUAACUGUUUGAAAAUGUAGCCUUGAGAAACACUUAUCUAAAAAUGACAAUGACAUUGUGUGUCGCUCCAGAAAAUUUUCAAUUCAGUAAAUUACAAAGCAUCCAUAUUUUUUGUAAAUAUGGAAGAAAACCAGCCAGCGUGUAAAACAAAUUUAACUAGAAAAAGAAAUCAAUAUUGUGUUUGCUUUAUUUAUUUUUAUUAGCAAUUAGUAAAUUCAGGAUUCAUAGUUACGACAGUUUAUUUGAAAAUCAAAUAAAAUAAAAAUAUUCGUUAAUAUAUAGGGAAGUUUUAUUAAAAAUAAACGUUGACUUAGUAGUUAUAUAAAGUGACAAAUAUAUAUCAUGCGACUUCCUUAGCUUGAAAAAAUCAACUACCUAAGAAGUUUCAAAAUUUUUUUGACGUCAGUUUAAUAAGUUCCUUAAUUCACUUUUUGAACCGUGACUUCAGCUACUACUGUCCCACUGACUUGCUUAAAAAUUACUUUGAUAUAGAAAAUCUAAAUAAUUUUUAGAUUUUUGUGAGAAAUUUUAACCACUUACUUCAGUAGGAAGUGUAUACAAAGAAUUUGAAACUGUCUUUGUAUUUUGUAUGCAAUAAAUAACACUACACCAGCGACAGGUAGAAUCCUGUGCCAAGCACGUAUAUUUAAAGUUCGUCUUUCACUACAAAACAAGAUUUGUAACAGCAGUAGGUAUAUAUGUGUAUUAAAAAAUAAACGAAGCGUGAUGAACCAAAAAAAGUUAUAUAAAUAAUAAUGCCAUUUGUUUUUUCUCUGUCUCAGUUCUUUCAAUUAUAACCUCUCUAAUUUCAUACUAUAAAUAUUUAGUCACCACCCUGCUGUGGUGCUGUCCAAUUCCUCAUCAUUACGCCAGAAACUGAGUGUUAAUAAAAUGGGUUCCAUUUUGUUAGUUUAGAAAUGUUGAAAAGAUUGUAUAAUGCAACCAACAUGACUCACAUGAAAGUAAAGUGGAGUGAGUAAAAUAUUGCAGAGAAAGCUUCGUGAUAAUUAAAUGUCACUUAUCUACUAACUAAGUAAUAUUUUCAGGAUAUUUGUGUAUUAUAAUUGCAAAAUACACACAGGGGUGUGGCUUUGGUCACUAAUAAGUGGUGAAAAUAUUACUUCUACUAAGCUUCUUUGACUUAUUGGACCUCUUCUGCUUUUAUUAAUCAUUGGAGCUAAAUAAUCUUAAAAAUUGAUGUUUCAUACCUUUAAAAAAAAAUGGUCUAAAAUUAUCUACAUCUUGGCCUUCAAAUACAGGCGGAGAUAUGCAGAAUUUUGCGUAUCUUAUUUUUUAUGAUGACCCUUGUAAGUUAAAAUAAAGAUAACUGUGAACUUUUAAUAAAGUACAGGUAAAGAAGCAUAUUGAGCGUAUGUUUCAAGUGAAUUUUCCCAUAAGAAAAUUUUGUCAACACGUCAUCAACAUUUCAGCAAAUCACUGCAUUAUCAGUUUGAAUAGAUGCAGUGCAAUAUUAAUAAUAACAGUACUGCCUGUAUAAUCAAAUUUUUGAGAAAAUGAGGGGAUUACAUUAAUAAACUAAAUUUCCGCAUUCAUUAAUUUUUUUAGUCGCCCUGUAUAAGUUAUUCAAAAAAAUAUGAAUGCAUUGGUAAAACACAAAUUUCAUAAUAUUUUGUAUAUUUUAGACUGGAGUUAUUCGGAAAAAUUUUGAGAUAACGUCACCAAAUUUUUGGGAGGGGAUGCAUGAAUAAAUUGUGACCAAUGGUUUAGCAUGUUUACGAUAACCUUAAAACGUUUUGCAACAUUUCGGAGCUAGUUCUCCUCCUUGUAGUUUUAAAGUCAAAUUGCAAAAUGUUGUAUUUUAAAGUUAUCAUAAGCAUGGUAAAUUUUUGAUCAAAAUGUAUUUACUCACCCCCCCUAAAAAAUUUAUAACGUCACCCCAAAAUUUUGCUGAAUAAAACCUGUCUAAAAUGCACAAAAUAUGAUGAGACAAUACUUGUGAUUUAUCAUUCCAUUCAAAUUUUUUGGAUUUGCAUAUACAGGGUGACUCAAAAAAAUUAAUGAAUGCGGGAAUUGCAAGGACUACAGAACCGAAUGCUUUCAAAUCUUGGAGAUGUUUUAAAGUUAUCAUAGGCAUGGUAAAUGGUUAGUCAAAAUGUAUUUCUUCAUCUUCCCUAAAAAGUUUAUGACGUCACCUCAAAAUUUUGCUGAAUCUAUCUAAGCUAUCUUAAAUGAGACAAUACUUGUGAUUUAUCACUACAUUAAAAUUUUUGGGAUUUACUUAUACGGGGUGUCCCUAAAAAAUAAUGAUUGAUUAAAUCAAGAAUCGCAAAACUGAAUACUUUGAAAUCUUGCAGGCGUUUUGAAGUUAUUGUAAGAAUCUUAACUUUUUAAUCAAAAUGUAUCUGUUUAUCAACCCCAAAAAGUUGGUUACGUCAUCUCAGAAUUUUACCGAAAAAAUUCUUUCGGGAAUGGGCAAAAUAUGAUCAGACUAUACGUGUAAUUUAUCAUUGCAUUCAUAUUUUUAGAUUUGCUUAUACGGGGUGUCUCAAUGAAUGACAUUCCCUCAAAAUUGUCUCUAAUAAACAGAACCUGAAUUGCAUAAUAUAUUAUAUUAUCACGCUUGUGGUUCAUGAAUCCCCCUGCUUUUGAAUUUUAUUAUUAUUAUUACAAUUGUUAUUGUUUAAACAUCGUUUGCUUUUGCCACUUAAUUAAUACGUGUCUUCGCAAGCGCGGCCGGUGGCUCAGCGGAGGUGGAGUGUGCAUAGCAGUUGGAAGUCCCGGUUACGGAUCCCAGCCCUCACGUACAGAUGUUGCUUGGCCCGAAUAAGCGGCGGUGGCAGACAAAAAGUACAUACGCACGUUUAAAAAGAACAUGAACUGUGACUGAUUUUUUAAAUUUGCUUAUACGGGGUGCCACAAAAAAAUGAAUGUCUGAGUCAAUUUAUUUUAUUUAUUAAAUCAUGAUUUGCAAAACUGAAUAUUUUUAAAUCGUGUACACGUUUUGAAGUUAUUGUGAGCAUGGAAACAUUUUAAUCAAAAUGUAUCUGUUUGUCAACCUCAAAAAAUUGAUUACGUCAUCUCAAAAUUUUGCCAAAUAAAUCCUUUCGAAAAUGUGCAAAAUAUGAUCAGACCAUAAUUGUAAUUUAUCAUUGCAUUCAUAUUUUUUAGAUCUGCUUAUACAGGGUGACUCGAAAAAAUUAAUGAAUCAGUCAAGUUAUUAUUGAUCAAAUUACGAACGAGCCGUGACUUCCAGAGUGAAAGCGAAUUUAUUGAAAUAUCCCGUCACAGAACUCUAUUGAGAAGAAUCUAUGAUAGACAUAAAGACACGGUUCUGAAAGCGAGGGAAGUACUGUCUCAACUCUUUGGACCAAUUUUUUGUUGUUGUAUUCAAUUGUAACUUUUUAAAAUCAUUUCAAAAUUAGGUUUUUGUUUUUAUCAGUAUCAGGUAAGAAAAACAGGUAAAUAAAUCUAACGCUGAAUCUAUUUACCUUCACAGUUUCAACACGUGGAAAUGAUUUGUUGGGGUAACAUAUAACCGUAGAAGAAGUGGACAACUAUGUACAUUAUCUAAGUUAAUUUUAUUCGGAUUUACUUAUAAAGUUUAAGAUGACGUCAUUAAUUUUUUUCAUUGAUGAAUCAACAAGUUGUGGUUCGUGUUUAAUCAUCUUUACAACAAUGCUAAAAGUACACCUAAAUUUUUAAAAUUGUCAAUUCUUUAGUUUUGAUGUUGUUUGUUCACCCAAUAAACAGUAAGCAGAUACAAUAAACGACAGAUUCAGGUGGUGGACAGAUGGUUAACAGUAGACGACAGAGAUCAAAACCUGCAGUUUCCUAUUCUGCACAAUGAUCAUAUUAUAAUAUUUACCUGACUACUACUUGGAAAGUAAAAUAAUGCAAGUUGUUUAAUUAUUACUAAUAGUUUUAAAUUUUUGAAUGUUGAUUUUUGCUAAGAUGUAGACUAUUUUUUUUUUCAUUGAGUGUUUUAUAACAAAUAUCAUUUCAGAUAAUUUGUAGGAUUCAGACUGUUUGGUACUUUCUUUUAUAAGAAUAUUAACACUUAAAGUUUUCCCUUCAAUUGGCUAGGGCAGUGUUUAACUGUCUCAGUGUUAUGGACCCCCAUUUGUACCUAUUAUUUUUGUAAUAAUCAGUCUAUUAUUAUUAAGUUAUAAUCUCUAAAGUUAAUAAGUCGAGUUCACAAGUUUCCACUGUUUGUAUUUAAUGUUUGUAUUCAGUGACUGUAUUUAUAUUUGAUAGCUAGUAAUUCUUCGUAACUCAUGUGACUGUUAUCAGAGAUCAAGUAUUGUACUUUCUUUGUUAUAAAAGUGUUAGCAGUGUGAACGCAGGGAUCAUUAAAAGAUAUUAAAGUUAAACGUCGAUAGUUAACAGUGCCCGGUAGAAUUUGUAAUCACGACAUAAUCAAGAAUUUGUAGUAUUUAAGUGAAAAGAUUUGGUUUAAGUUAUUAAACUUCCCCACGUGAGUAAAAUCACCUGGUGAAUAAAAAAAGUGUCUUCUGAUAAAUUGAAAGAACCCUUUGUUGUGGUCGAGGCCCACAACAUCAGGCAAGCUUUGUCUAUUAAAGCAGUGUUCUGCAAAUUAAAUAUUUAAAAUUUAACAGUGUUGUUCAUUAUUAUUUUUAUUUAUGAUGGAGUUAACUGCCUAAUUAAUUGUGUCGAAAGUUAAUAUCAGUAUAUCUUGAAGUUUGCUUAUUGGUUCAAACGCCAAGAUGAAUUUACAGGAAUAGAGACCUCUUGAAGAGUUUGGGACUGCGGAAUGUCGUACGAUGUUGAUGGAUAUCAAACUUGUUUCGUGGUAACGCCGUUUGCAAAAUCAAAAUACAGGAAAGCUUUGUUAUUCCUUAACAAUAAUUUUAUGUGUAAUUUUCUCCGCGUUCCAAAUACUGUAAUACAUAUAAAAUUUUUUUAUAAUUUGUGUUCGCUUCCAAUGUUUUAUUUCUUUAGUCUGUUUUUAAAGCCCUGCAUGAGUUUCAGAAAUAAAUUGAAAUAUGCAUCUUUUUAUCUUAACAACGGGAAAACUAUUGUACAUGCAUACCAUAAUUUCUUAUCAGUACAUUAAGAUUGUCUUUGAUACUACGUAUCUGCAGAUAUCUCCUGCAACAUUUUAUAAAACAAUCUCGCCUUAAAAAGUAAGUAGUGAAUUGAUGAUACUGACAUGGCGGCGACAAACGAUAAUUCCAACAACGAAAUAACAUUUUGGUUGAAAGACGUGUUUAAGAAUGAAAAUUUAAAAGUUAACGUAUUAGGAAAUUCGGAAAAAGGAGAUGGUUACAUGGGUGACGUAGUUUUCGUAACAGCAGAGGGAACUGGAGACGAUAACUCAAAAAAGAAAUACGAUCUAGUUUUGAAAUGUAGCAAGAAAAGUCAAGCCUUACGUGACUCAUCUCCAGUGAAGCAGAUUUUCCUGAAUGAAAUAUAUAUGUAUCAGACUGUGUUUCCGUAUUUUAUACAAUUCCAAAAGGAAAAUGGAGUCAAAGUUCCAUUUAAUAACAUUCCAAAAUGUUAUGGUUCUUUCAUUGGGGAAAAUAUGGAGGUAAUUGUACUGGAAAAUCUUAAGAGCAGUGGCUACGAAUUAUGGCCUAAAGGAAACCCUCUGUCGAGAAAGCACAUUGAUAUGGUAGUUACGCAAUAUGGUAAAUUUCAUGGUACUUCCUUGGCUAUGCAAAACCAACGACCUGCAGAAUUUCAAAAUUUCGUCGAUACCACGGUAAAUUUUUUUAAGGAUCAUGAAAUGAAAGAUGCCAUAAAAACUCUGUAUUCGAUACCUAUUGAUCAAGCGUAUGAAGUACUCAAGGAUGAUUUGCAAGCCAACAUUCUUCAGAAGUGGAAAGGAUUAAAGGAUCAAGUAGAUUCCAUUUUCGGAAAUCGACCUGAAAAUUUACCAGGAGUUAAAGUGAUAUCGCAUGGUGAUUGCUGGAAUAAUAACUUCAUGUAUUUGCAUCAGAAAAGUGUGGAAAAAAUUCCUGUAAACGUGGCAUUUUUGGACUGGCAAGUGGCAAGAUACUCCUCACCAGUUAUGGAUAUAUCUUAUUUUCUGUUUUGCUGUAUUUCAAAAGAUGAUCUGGAAGAAUUGGACGAUAUCUUAGUUACAUACCACAAAGCUUUUAUUAAUCAGUUGAAGCAAUUAGGUGUGAAGGACCCUCAUGUUGUGUAUCCCCUUAGACAACUUUUGAACGACUGGAAAAGUUAUUCUAAAUUUGGCAUUUUAUCAGCUAAUUUAGUACUGAAAAUACUUAGUGCUGAAAAGGAUGAGGUUAUGGACAUAGGUGACGUUGCCGAAACGGGAAAAAAUUUUACAGCAGCUUUUCACAAUGAGGUUAGAGACAAGGAAAAUUACAAGAGACGAAUUCGCCCUAUUGUAGAAUAUGCUGUCAAACAUGAUUUAGUAUAGUUUUUUAGGAGCUACGCUAAAUAUUUUUACUCUGACUUGACUCGUGUUUAUUUUUGAAUUAAGUUUCACGGAUGUGUAAAUAUAUUGCAAACACUAUUAAGUCAAAUUGUAUGCAUAUUACGUGUGUAUGUUCAGUACAUAAUACAGGGGUACAUACAUGAUC